CUUCGGCUGCGAUUUUCUCGUCUGUUCUGUGGGAGGUGGAAUCGUCAAAAAAUUCGCGACAUCAGUGCGUCAUCGAUGUUUUUUUUUAACGUUCUAAAAAAAUAAAACCUAAAAAUUAGAUCAAUAGUAUUGUUUUUUUGCGUUUAUUUUUUUUUCAAAUUGUGCUUCUACUUUGUUUUGCAAAUCGGGCUGAUGGCGGAGGAACAAAAAAUGUACUAAGCGGAAAGCAGCUGGCUGGAUGAAAAUUGAUGUGCAAUCGAAAACAUUUUACUCGACAAAGAAAGGAGGCGUAACGCUAGAAAGUUAAUUGUUCUGGAUCCCGUCCACGUCAUCGUCUAAGGUACUGAAAAAAGUGCCGCUAUUGUUCAGAAAAUGAUAGCGGCCAACAAUGCUCGUAGCACCAAUAAUGAUCCGGUGGAGACAUCAGAAUCUGCACCCAUCACCGGAGCCGCCAAUGGUGGCUCCUCCCGGAUAAUGCGCCAGUUUGGCAGCUUGUUCCAACCGGCGGUGCAGCGCAACGAUCCCGCCGGAUAUGUAGAGUUUGGCAGCAUCUCCGACCCGGAGGCACACUCCAGCCGGACGCUGGGAACCUUUGCCGGUGUAUUUUGCCCGGUGGCACUGUCUAUGUUCAGUGCGUUGGUGUUUAUUCGAGUUGGAUUCAUUGUUGGAAAUGCCGGCCUGUAUGUUACGCUGUUGCAAUUCGUGAUUGCUUAUGUAAUAUUGUUGUUUACCGUUUCAUCGGUUUGCGCUAUCUCGACCAACGGAGCCGUGGAGGGAGGCGGUGUCUAUUUUAUGAUCAGUCGCACGCUGGGUCCGGAAUUUGGAGGAUCUAUUGGGACUUUGUUCUUCCUGGCCAAUGUCGUCGGGUGUGGUCUGGCGAUAUCGGGUUGCGCCGAAGGCAUAAUCCAAAACUUUGGCCCAACGGAUGGCGACGAUGUGGGUUCGAUUCCGGAUGGUCGCUGGUGGCGUUUCCUGUACUGCAGUUCCAUCAAUACUUUCAUGCUGCUGGUCGUGUUGAUCGGUGCGGAAAUGUUUGCCAAGACUUCGAUGAUGAUUCUAGGAGUGGUUGUCGUUUGUCUGAUGUCGACCUACGUGAGCUUCCUGUCGAUGGGGCCGCUGCAGGUUGCAAUCCCCGUGGAAAACAGUUUAGUGCAAAAUGCGACCCAUAAGGUAAUGGCUAACUACACUGGUCUGAGCAUGACCACGUUGGCGGAAAAUCUCUACAGUCACUACGGGCAGGAUUAUACGUCCGAUGGAAACGAAGUCAAUUUCGCAGUGGUAUUCGGUGUGCUAUUUUCGGGUGUAACAGGCAUUAUGGCUGGUGCUAACAUGUCUGGUGAGCUGAAGAAUCCAUCCCGGAGCAUUCCCGGUGGAACUUUAUCUGCCGUUUUGUUUACAUUCCUUUGCUAUAUUGCUCUAUCCGUACUGAUGGCUGCGACCACGUCCAAGUUCUUACUGCAAAACAAUUUCCUAUUCCUGGGUCCGAUCAACCUUUGGCCGACGUUUGUAACGAUCGGAAUUCUCACGGCAACCUUCUCGACGGGGCUGAGUAACCUGAUCGGAUCCAGUCGUGUAUUGGAAGCGUUGGCCAAAGAUAAAGUAUUUGGAUCCUUUUUGAACUUUGUCGUUCGUGGAACGUACAAAAGCAAUCCGAUUGCGGCCGUCAUUGGCAGCUGGGUGCUGGUGGAGGCGAUCCUUCUGAUCGGAUCGUUGAAUACGAUCGCACAAAUCAAUUCCGUCCUGUUUAUGCUGUCUUAUCUGGCAACCAAUCUGGCUUGUUUGGGAAUCGAAAUUACGGGAGCUCCCAACUUCCGGCCAACGUACAAAUACUUCACCUGGCACACGGCUUUCAUUGGUUUGAUUGGAACCGGUGUCAUGAUGUUUGUCAUCAAUCCAAUUUACGCUUCCUCCAGUGUAAUUCUGUGUCUACUGUUGGUCAUUGCGUUGCAUCUUUUCUCACCAGCAUCGCAGGGGGCACAGUGGGGUUCCAUUUCACAAGCUCUCAUGUUCCACCAAGUUCGAAAGUAUCUCCUCAUGUUGGACUCCCGUAAGGAUCAUGUCAAAUUCUGGCGCCCACAGAUGCUCCUUCUCGUGUCCAGUCCACGUUCCUGUUGUCCGUUGAUCCAUUUCGUCAACGACAUGAAGAAGGGUGGUUUAUACGUGGUGGGUCACGUGAAGGUGGGAGAAUUUUCCGAUAAUGACUCCUCCAACGAUCCGACAAUCGAAGAGUACACCCAGUGGUUGUCGCUGAUAGAUCACAUGAAAGUAAAGGCCUUCGUAGAGCUUACUCUCUCCAAGAGCGUUCGGGAAGGAAUACAACACCUAAUUCGUAUCUCCGGCAUGGGAGCCAUGAAGCCCAACACGAUUAUUCUCGGAUUCUACGAUGAGGAACAAUCGAAGGACUUUUUCGAACAUGAAAACUCACCGUACAAAACGGCCGAAUUCGACGACAACGGAAUCAAACUGUUCCCGUACAGGCGCAAUGGCGAACAGAAGACUCUACUGCCCACGGAUUACGUCCAGAUCAUUGACGAUGUGCUACGGAUGAAGAAGAAUAUCUGCCUUUGCCGGCACUUUCAUCGAUUGGACAAGCAAAUGAUCGCCCGCAGCGUCCAUAUCCGGUAUAUCGACGUGUGGCCGGUGAAUAUUUUCGAACCGAAGAACGAGGACCCAUUCGAUGUGGUGUCGCAGUUCAUGAUGCAGCUGGCCUGCAUCAUCAACAUGCUGCCGGUAUGGAAGAAGCUGGAACUGCGAGUAUUUCUAUGCGAAUCUGAAACGCAACCGGAACCUAGUAGUUUCCAAAUGAACAGUGCUCCUUUCGAGCGUCCGGCCGAGCAUCGUUUGAGCCAGUUGCUGAAGUCGCUGAGAAUUUCCGCUUCGAUACAUCAGAUUCCCGAGUGGAGCAAGGAUAUGGAUUUCCCCCGGCAUCGUAGCAUUCUUAAACAAUUCACCAGCAAGAGCGAUAGCAACCAGGUCAUGACGGAAGAGAACAUCAAUCGCUCCAAAUUGUACAUGCAAAGGGUCAAUCAAAUCAUCCGAGAUAAAUCGAACGCUACGGCCGUUACGUUCAUGUACCUUCCGGAACCCCCCAAGCAAUCGACGAUCGACUACAAGGAAAAAUGUCAUCACUAUUUGGAUCUCCUCACCGAGCUAACGUACGACUUGCCACCAACGAUAUUGGUUCACGGAAUCAACACCGUAACGUCCACUACGCUGUAGACUUGAUGUCUGCUAUAACCCGCGUCUUCUGCUAGAAGGUGCUCAGAGUUCAUGUGUUACGAACAAACCAAGUUUCUUCGCUGUUUUUUAACGAAAUUUUCCAAUUUAUUGUGUUAACGAACAUUGUUUGUUUUGAUCUUGCUUUUGCGCGCACACACUCACAUAAAAUAUGAUUGU